AUGGCCGAUGUAAAGGGUAUGUGCUUUGAGAAUGAAAUAUCAGUGAAAACUUUCAGCGCAAGGUACCAAAAGUUAGGAGAAAUGGGCUCGGGAAGCUUUGGUACGGUUUCAUUAUGUAGAAUGAAACCUGGGGUAAUUGACUCGCAAAAAAGGGAAAUGGCUACCAGACAAGGAACUUUAAUGAGGCCAUUGUCGAUUAACAUCAAAUACAUGAAUGACCUAGUUGCUAUAAAGACUAUGAAUAAACAGUUGAAGAAAAAUUCGGAUUAUUCCAGGGUCAAAGAGAUUCAAUUUAUAUUUCAAGUGGAUUCUCAUUUUAACUUGGUUCAAAUAAUUGACGUAUUCAUUGAUAGAACACAUUUGAAGUUAAAUAUUGUGAUGGAAAAUCUCGACCAGAACCUAUAUCAAUUGAUGAAGACAAGAAGGGGGAACGUUUUCUCUCCUAAAACCUUAAAAAGUGUAUUAUCACAGCUACUUUCAGCACUCCUACACAUUCAUAAACAUCUAUUCUUUCAUAGAGAUGUCAAACCUGAGAAUAUUCUAGUUAUGCAAAACUUGAACUAUUUUGGUUCAAGACAUAAUAUUCCGUCAAUACAACGGGACAACUCUUACAUCAUCAAAUUAGCCGAUUACGGACUAGCAAGACAUUUGGGUAAUGGAAAACAAUUUACAGCUUAUGUUUCAACAAGAUGGUACAGGUCACCUGAAAUUUUGCUUAGACAAAACUACUACUCUUUCCCCAUUGAUAUUUGGGCAUUUGGUUGUGUUGCUGUUGAAUGUGCAACUUUUUGUCCUUUAUUCCCUGGAAAGAAUGAAUUGGAUCAAUGCUGCAAAAUUAUGGAAUUUUUGGGAAAUCCGACAAAGUCGUUCCAGCUGGCUGCUAUUCAAAAUGCAGAAAACUCUAUUUAUGGCUACAAUUAUAACGUCAAUCAUCAUUAUAAAACAAUGGUACCUUUUGGUGGUUUUUGGGACGGUGCAAAUGAUUUGGCUGCUCAGUUAGGUUUAAAAUUCCCUAGACAUUUCGGUUAUAGAUUGGAAACAUUAGUAAGAAGAAGUGAUUUCACUUUAAAAGAGAAAACGGACUUUUUCUCAAUGGUCAAACAAUGCUUAACCUGGGAUCCUGAAAAAAGAAUAACAGCUUUAGGUUUGUCCAAAUGUGAAUAUUUUGAAGAUUCAAAUUAUCUAAUGGAGACUCAAAAGGAAAAUGAAACGAUUGAUCCAUUAUUCAUGAAUACCAGCAAUAAAAGCAACAGUGACAGUUUUAUAAGAUCAAAAAUGUUAGCUGGAAUUUUGCCAGCUAAAAACUAUUUUCAAAAUAGCAUCAAUGCUAACAGUUUUGAUACUCAAACGGGUGUCCUACAAAAAAGAGAGGUACGACAACUUUACCAGCCACUUAUUUAUCCAAAGGUAAGCUUGUCUUCGUGUUUAGGGUUUUGCCAAAAUAAGCUAAAUGUUAAGAAAGAUAGCAACAGUUUGGUUACGGGUGUUUCACAAAUGCGGGAUAAGUCAUUAAGGAGCAAAAAAAUCACACAUAUGGUAAUGUUGGAGGAAGACUAUAGUGAUUAUGUCACAUUUUAUCCAAGUAACCCAGCCUCAGAAGCGGAUACCUCUUGUUACACUACCAAACCUUCCGCAUACUUGAAACACAAUUCCGGCAAUCCAGUUGCAAUAAAAAAACAUUUUUCUAAUGGUUCACCUGAAAUUGGUAACAAAGUAAAUAGGACUGAUGAAGAUACUCUUAGCCCUGAUACAUCUGGAAAAAAAGCAGUUGGUGGUUGCAAUGUCGAUAAUAAUGAUAGUGAUAACAAUGAAGUUGAGGUUGAUGAAGUUGACGAAGUUGAUGAUGAUGAUGAUGAUGAUGAUGAUGAAGUUGAUGAAGUUGAUGAUGAUGAUGAUGAUAGCAACAGUUGUGGAAAUUACAAUUCUCUCUCUCAAGAUCAAAAACUAACACCACUAGAAAUCGGCAAAAUUUCGUCCUUCUUGCAAACAGGGGGUAUCAAAGUUUCUGAAGCUGGGAUUCAAAUUAAUCGAAAUAAAGGCAAUUUUGACAUGAUCGAUGCUCUAAAUUUCACCCUGGAUGAUGAAAACAUAACGGAAGAUAAAUGUAUCUGUCCCUGGGAUGAAUACCAAAGUUGA